CAGGGCAAGCGCACGAAAAAGGUUGGCAUUUGCGGCAAGUACGGCACGCGCUACGGCUCUUCGCUCCGUAAGGUGGUGAAGAAGAUCGAAAUCUCGCAGCACUCCAAGUACAACUGCGUGUUCUGCGGCAAGGACUCGAUCAAGCGCAACGUGACGGGCAUCUGGGAGUGCCGCUCGUGCCACAAGACCAUCGCCGGCGGCGCCUACCUGCUGAACACGGCUUCGGCCGCCACGGUCCGCUCGACGCUGGCUCGUCUUCGCAAGAUCCGUGACGACGCCUCGGCUUAAGUUUGUGGACUAGCGACCGAUUGAGAUUGAGAGAACGGCCUGCCCUCGACGAGAGAAAAAGACACGGCCGACCUGGUGCGCUGGAAGGCUCACUUCGUCUUUGAGUUUGUAAUGAAGCAAAAGCGGAGGCUUGUACGCCACCAUUCGACCGACUUU